AUGCUUCCUGCGCCGAAAAGGCUGCAGAUGGUGCGGUUGACUAGAAAUAAAGCUCUGUUUCCGACGGUGUGUGAGGAAACCGUUCCGACGGUGUGUGAGGAAACUGUUCCGAAGGUACCUGUGGAUGACGGGAAUAACAACAGAACCACAACAUUACCUCAAAACACUGAAACUAGAAAUGAUGACAAAAUCACAUCGCUUCAAAACAGCGUGGACAAACUUGAAGCAAUACUCAGCACCAGAAUCACAAAAGAAAACAAUGCUGUGGCCAUGCUGUCUGCGCGCAUUACAAACAUUGAAGACACCCUAUUGUCUAAGACAAAGGACGCGCUCCACGACAAGACGGCAAAGGAAAGUGACGUUGAGGUGCUAAAAAGACGUGUGAGAUCCCUGGAGACAGAAAACAAAAACUUGAGACAAAGAAUAGCGGCCCUGGAGGAGAAAAGUGUCAAAAGUGCAGUUUCCAUAGCAACACAAAGUGACACAACAGCAGCUCCACAAGCACCGAAUGAAGACGAACCAGGCAACGAAACUGUUGUACUCAAUAUUCAGACAAACAACAGGUUCCUCCCUCUAACGGAAGAGACAAUACCCCAAGAAGAGCAGACAACAAACAGUUCUGAGAGGACAACCAGCCCACACAACGUCAAUAGACCACAGAGAGGCGCGCCUCCCAACCGGCGUCACCAGGCCAGCGAAAACCAGUCUCAGACAGACAUAGUCAUAGUGGGAGACUCGAACACAAGGGGUAUAAUCCCAACAAUGCUGUACCCCGGUAAGAAAGUCGCAAAAUACUCAGCAAUGACUAUCCCUCAGGCUUCUGCCCUGAUCAAAAACACCGCUGACCUUGACCCAAAAUGCAUAGUCUUCCACGUGGGGACCAAUGACAUAAGACAAGAGAAGGCAGCACACGGGGUAACAGAAAACCUCAGAGAGUUAGUGACCACCACACACACUAAGUACCCUAAUGCAGCUAUCGUGAUGUCCACGGUCCCACCCAGGAACGACAAUCACUUGAUGGAAGUGACACGCGAUGUAAACUCCUUCAUUCAGAUUCUUGGCCAGGAGACCCCUUUCAUUACCAUUGCAAACAAUGACAACCUCGGAGAUGGUAAACUGAUCAAACAAUCCCUCUACCGACCUGAUGGGUACCACCUCAACACAGGAGGACUAAAGGUCUUGGCAGCUAAUUGGAAGACUGCCAUCCACCCAAGUGUAGGUCUCGGGGUCUACGACAGGAGAAGACGGAAUAACGCCACACCUGUUCAGCCAAGAAACGGAAGAGUACACCGUACAUCCCGCGACCAACCAAGAGACGGAAGGAACAGCGGUACUCCUAACACUCGUACCGUAAGCCCAACAUCGUCCUCACAAACAAGCAGAGACAACGGACGCAACACGGACGACGUGCAAACUCCAAGGAGUGACGAGGGUUACAGGGCAACUAACCGGCUCCCCCCUGAUCCCCGUAAUAGGGGACCUGCACUCUUCGCCCAAGGACCAGAGGCAGCUUGGCCAACACCGAGGGAAGCUGCCGACAGACGACACCCAGCCAGGAGGCCGCAUCCACCGAUGGGCCCAGCGCACGAGGCAGUGUGGCCAACACCGAGAGAAGCGGCCGACAUGCGACACCCAGUCAGCAGACAGCACCCGCCGAGCGGCCCAACCAUCCCACUACGGCCGUUCUCUCCAUACGUCCCCGACUACGAACACUUCUAUUCGAACUGGUAUCCGGAGACCUGGGGCGUACCACGGCCGUGGUUCUCCCCGGAGUUCCCGCAGAGGUAUCAAGACUGGCACGCACGUUACUAACUUGUGCUGGCUGAAGGUAUGAUGAAUUACGUUGUAAACGAUGUUUGAAAUCGAGACUAGUAAUAGGAUAACACGUUGAUAGUAUGGAAUAGGAAUUCAUGUACUAGUAAUAUGACAAUAAGAUAAGUUAGAUAUUAGUUAAUGCAGAAAUAGAUCCAUUUUUUUUUUUUCUAACAUACCAAUAUUGUCGUAAAGGUAGGGACAAAGUACUACCAGUAUUUACAAUUCUAAUCUCAUGUCAGUGAACAUCGGAUUUUGGAACAUACAUGGGUUAGGGAAGAAACUUGAGGACAGUAGUGUUAGGAAUAAAUUAGAUAGUUUAGACUUCUUCUCUCUAAUUGAAACUUGGUGCACAGAAGCUUCGGAAGUUGACAUCCCAAAUUUUCAGCAUUUCUCUUCAAUAAGACCCAAACAUAGAAAAGCUCGACGAAAUUCUGGAGGAAUAUUAUUCUAUUUCAAAAGCAAACUGGCAAGGUUUGUCAAACGAGAACAUGGCACGUCCGAAUGUCCAGAUUUACUAUGGGUUAGAAUUUCAAAAGACCUGUUUGGUUUGCCAAGAGACAUAUUUAUCUGUAGUGUUUACAUAAGCCCAGUGUACUCCGCCAUACAUAAAAGAACAGAUGAUAGUAUUUUUGACAUCUUAGAGCGAGAUAUAGUACACUUUUCCUCCAGAGGCUACGUCAUCCUAGGAGGAGAUUUUAACUGCAGAAUAGGCGCAUUGUUAGACUUUGCUAAUGAAGACCACAUUGACACAGAGUUUGAUCUAAAUGUAGAUGCAAUUUCUCAUGUAAAUAU